CGCGGGGGGCCGAGCGCGGCCCGGGCGGAUGUGAGCGGCGCGGCCGCUUCCUGCUCGCCCGCGGCCCGCCCUCCGCUCUCCUCCUCUCCGCUCCGCUCCGCUCCCCGCCUCGGGUGGUGGCCGCUGCCUCGUCCCCGCUGCCAGCCGCAGGGCGGAGGCGGCCGCGACCCGCUGCCCAGACCGCCGCCCGCCCCUCCCCGCUCGGCAGGAAGGCCCCCCCGCGGCGGCGCAGCCCCGAUGCAGGCCAUCAAGUGUGUGGUGGUGGGCGACGGUGCUGUAGGUAAAACAUGCCUACUCAUCAGUUACACAACCAAUGCAUUUCCUGGAGAAUAUAUACCCACCGUUUUUGACAACUACUCUGCUAAUGUAAUGGUUGAUGGAAAACCAGUCAAUCUGGGCUUGUGGGAUACAGCUGGUCAAGAGGACUAUGACAGACUACGCCCACUUUCCUACCCGCAAACAGUUGGAGGAACCAAUGGUAAGAAUCUAUCUUCCAGUCUGACAGAUCAACCUAUUGCCGAUGUCUUCUUAAUCUGCUUUUCCCUUGUGAGCCCCGCUUCUUUUGAAAAUGUCCGUGCUAAGUGGUAUCCUGAGGUGCGGCACCAUUGCCCCAACACCCCCAUCAUUUUAGUGGGUACCAAACUUGAUCUCCGAGAUGAUAAAGACACUAUUGAAAAGCUGAAGGAGAAGAAGCUGACUCCCAUCACCUACCCACAGGGCCUUGCCAUGGCAAAAGAGAUUGGUGCAGUGAAAUACCUAGAAUGCUCAGCACUUACACAGCGAGGCCUCAAGACAGUGUUUGAUGAAGCUAUCCGAGCAGUUCUUUGCCCCCCUCCUGUAAAGAAGAGGAAGAGAAAAUGUCUGCUGCUGUAAAUGUUACCUUCCCUGCCCCACUCCAACUGUGUGCUUUGCUCAGAACGAUGGAGCAGUCACAUUCAAUGCCAAGUCUUUCUGUUAUAAAUUAGUUCUCUUCCAUAAAUUUUGAACCAAUCAACAAUUUCACGGUUUCAUUUGUUUGAUGUACGAAAGUUUUCAUUCUACUAAAAGCAGAAUCCUGAAAAGACAAACUUAUAUAAAGCCUUAUUUUUAAAAUCCUAUUCUUGCUCAAUUAAGUGUUGCCAAACUAUCUGCUGAACUAAGUUGCAUUGUUGUGCUACGAACACUAAGCACUAAACUGUUUUUUAAAGAUUCUUCUUGAAGAUGACUCUAAUUUCUGUUAGGAAAUGCAGAAACACUUUCUAGUUUUUCACAGUAACAGUACCAUAUAAUUAGCAAAACACUGCAGCCCGAUGUGUUUUAUUAUUAAAUGUUUUCUCAACCAGGGUCAUUGCAUAGCAUUGUGUAUCAAACCUAAGUCAUUUACGAUGACUGACACCCUUGAGUCACAGUGUAAAAUGCUUUAUCAUUGGUAAGGGCUUGGUUGCAAUCUAGUUCUUGCUGCUGUGAUUUAAAAAAAUAAAUAAAUAACUAUUCUUACUGAAGUGUAUCUAGUCCUUUUGACAGCAUUGUGUUGUGAUGGAUAAAUGAAAUAUUGGAUUGGAUCACCUGAUAGUGCCAGACAGUAUUUUGACACUGUACAGAUCACCUUACACUACACUGCCAGAGUAGUUGAAACUGAAGUGACUUUAUUUAAGGUUAAAAUCGGUGACCGUUUUCCCAGUCAUGCAGUAGUGGAAGAGAGGUUGGUGUUCAUAGGUAAAUUCCUUUGAAUUUCAAGUAGGGCAUUCAUUUAGGUACAACUUUGAACAGUCAUUCCCACAAUAGUUGUGUAGUAAAUGCUUUUCUUGUAGAAUUUCUUCUUACUGAGCAAUAUAACUUGUAUUUUAAAACCUUUCUGAUGAUAGAAAUUUGCUUUUCUUUUUUUUUUAGUAGAGUAGAAUGUUCAAGCAUAGCCUCCUUAUUUUCCUGGUAUUUCUGACCCAGUAAGUUAUACGCUUUCUGAGGAGCUUUUAGUCUAUUAACUAGGUGUAAAAAUCAUGUGAAGCAGCUUUACACGGUUUAGUAAUUUUUAUAUUUUAGACCUCUGUAAACUAUGAACCUUCUCAAAUAUCACUAUUUGCCAGCUAUCCCCAACACUGUAACAUUACUAAUGCAGACCAGUGUUUUCUGUCACCUACAUGUCCAUGUGCAACAUAGCUUGAGUAAUGGUAACUUGGGUCUGUGAGGUUCUGUAAAUUAGUGCUAAUGUUCUGUACAGCCUGAACUGGCAGGAAUAUGAUGUUCAACUACACCCUUUCAACCACUAAAGCAAAACUUAAAAGUUGCAAAAUUGUGAAGUUUUUACAUUGAUCUUUUGCUAAUGCAAUUAGCAGUAUGUUUUGCAUGUAUGACUUAAUAAAUCCUUGAAUCACA